GAGUGGUUGAAGUACAUGUCGUCGUGUUACCAGCUGGUAACUGACCAGAAAAACUUGGACUGAUGCAAAAACAGACUGUGUGAAUAAAAAUGGUAGACUUGCCAUCAUCAAUAACAACUGUUUUAGGCCAAACUUGUGAACCUGGAUGGACGCUAUACGAGCCAGAGGAACGUGUUCUCUACCUGUGUACAAUCGAAUGGUCAGAACCAAUGCAAGAGACUACUGUAUUAGUUUGAAUGCAGAUCUGGUCAUGAUCAAGGACGAGCCCAAAAGUGACUGGUUGACACCGCUACUCGCCGCCGAUUCGGUAUUUUGGAUUGGUUUAUCGGACAGGGGAGCCCUUCAAUGGAAAUGGGUUGAUGGCACAGUAGCAGAUUACUAUAACUGGGCGCCCAAUGAACCAAACGAGAAAGAUGAAUUACAUGAGGACUGUGUUGAGAUAUAUUCCAACGGUUUGUGGAAUGAUGAGCAAUGUCUUGGAAUGGCUAACCCGAUCUGUGAAAGAGCACUAGGUGCGACUGGACCCCCACCAACAACACUGAAUUACGAGCCACCGUGUCCAGAGGGAUGGUACAAGUACGAUGAACAGUGUAUCUUGGUCGUGACAAACCGAGAUGUGUUCAACAGCGCCAGAGACUACUGCCAAUAUCUUAACUCAGAUUUGGUCGUCGUCAAGACACAGGGAUUGAAUGAUUUUAUAGCAAAUCUGAUUUCCGGGUUCGGUGAUGAUGGUUUCUGGCUAGGAUUGACUGAUAAAAGAGAAAUGUACGAGUUUGUCUGGGUAGAUGGCACAGAACUGGGACCAAAUGAUUACGACAACUGGAUGCCGAACGAACCAAACGAAAGUGACGGUCUUCAUGAAGACUGCGUAGAAAUGUUAGCUAAUACUGGAAAGUGGAAUGAUGAACAAUGCAUUGCUCCUCAGAAGUACAUAUGCGCCAGACCAACCGUCUUUACAUCAACUUCUCCACGUCCUCCAACUCCACCGAGAAGCACUCAUCCUCCAGCCCUAUCAACGGAGUGUGGGGAUGGCUGGAUGAAGUAUGAAGAUACCUGCGUGCUUGUCGUUGGGACUAGAUUGACAUUCGAUUUGGCUCAGGAGUAUUGCCAGGAGCGACAUGCAAACCUCAUCAAACUAGAGAGUCAAGAUAUGAAUAACUGGUUAGUUGAUCAGACUUCCGUCUACAGUGAAGUGUACUGGAUUGGGCUCUACGAUCGCAUAGACGACAAUACAUUUAUAUGGAUAGACGGGACCACACCAUCAUUUACAAAUUGGGCACCCAACGAACCCAACAACAACGAUGGAAUUGGAGAAGAUUGUGUUGAAAUGCGUGUAGGAGGGGAUUGGAAUGAUGAGCAAUGUAGGGCAGCCAACGCUUUCGUUUGCUCCAAAGGAUACGAGGAAAUCCCCUUAUGUGACAUCAAAGCAGGCUGGGAAGCCUUCGGAGAUAAGUGCUACCUGUGGGUAUCCGACACCAAGAAUAUAGCCGAUGCUACAUCGUACUGUACGACGAUGGAUGGAUACGUCAUAUCUAUCAACAGUGCCAAUGAACAAACCUUUGCUACCUCCAUGCAGCUACGCUAUGCCAACAUACAGUACUGGAUAGGACUCAGUGACCAAGAUAACAGAGGUACUUUCACGUGGCAAGAUGGAACAGAUACUCAAAGCUACAGUCAUUGGAAUACAGCUGAAAAUGAACCAGAUUCUAACGUGUACCCCGCGUGUGGUAUGGUACAGGGGAUGGUACAGGGGACCAAUCCCGAUCUGUGGAGCGUGGAUGAGUGUAGCGUUAAGAAACGAUUUAUCUGCGAAAAACCACAAGGUACUUGUGCGGAUGGGUGGACACUUCAUGGGGGAGAAUGCUACCAGUUUAAUGUGCUCAGGAGAACAUGGACUGAUGCUAGCUAUUACUGUAGUACUCAGGGAGGAUGGCUGGGUACCAUUUUUGAUGGUGCAGAAAAUACUUUCAUUGCCGCAAACAUGGGUCGUCUCCAAGAUGAAAAUAUUGACAGCAUGUGGAUUGGAUAUUCAGAUUAUAUCAAUGAUGGGCAAUGGCAGUGGGUGCAUGAGACCGGAUCUGACUAUGUCAAUUGGCCACAACAGCCCACUAAUACUUAUGCUCAGGAAGACUGUGCCUAUCUCGAUACAGCUGACACGACAGGAGCAUGGAACCAAAUGCUAUGCACUCUAUUGGCUGGAUUUUUCUGCAAGAUCAAGGCUGGAUCAACCGUGACACCAGUGACAGCCCCAGAUAAGGUUGGAUCAUGUGAGCGUGGUUGGGGUCUGUACGACGAAUGGUGUUACUACUCCCCCGCUGUUGAGAAGACCUUCACGGAAGCCGAAGCCGAAUGUGCUGCUUUGUUUUCGGGUUCACAUCUGGCCAGUAUCCAUUCCAUCGGAGAACAAUCCUUCAUCACAGAAAGACUAUAUUACAUCAACGCCUGGACAUGGAUUGGUCUAACAGAUGUAGAUGAAGAAGGUACCUGGAAAUGGACUGAUGGAACUAACUACAAUUACUGGAAUUGGGCCGCUGGUGAACCAAACGAUGUCAACAACGAAGAUUGUGUGCAUCUUGGAUAUUUUGACGACCAUCAGAUAGGCUUGUGGAACGACGUAGGGUGUCUCGAAAUUAACAGAUAUAUCUGCAAAAUGCCGAAGUAUAACACUGCUCCUGUCACCCAGGCUCCGGCUAUAACACUUCCUCCUAGUGAUCGUUGUGGUAGUGGUUGGGUAUACGAUUCUGGUAGUAAUAACUGCUUCAAAUAUUCGACCUCUGGACUGACCUGGCCCAUGGCAAAUGACCAAUGCCACUACGAGGGUGGCUAUCUGACUAGUAUUACUAACCAAGCUGAAUCGGAAUUCCAUCGCAUGUCUGUACUCUACUUCAAAUUGAAUUACAACAUAUGGUCAUUUUGGAUCGGUCUUCAUGAUACUAAUAUGGAGGAUGGUUAUGUUUGGAGUGAUAGCGCCCCCGUCUCUUAUCUCAACUGGGACUCAGGGGAGCCCAACGAUGCUUAUACCGGUGAAGAUUACGUUGAGAUCCUAUGUGCUAAUGGCAAAUGGAAUGACCUGCAUGGCGAUGUAUCAAUAGGUUACUCCUGCAAGAGAAACAGUUUCAUUACGGAUCAGUUCAAAGUGUUCCCCAACAGCCGCUUGGACACACCGAACUCGAUCCCCUUCUCCAACGUAUGGCCAGAGGAGUGUGCUGCUAGCUGCUACAGUGCUGGUGGAGAAAACUGCAGGUCUUUUAAUUACUACCGCAAGACACGCGAAUGUUCUCUGCUAUCUAUCGAUCAGUACUCAGGCUCCGCAGAUCUGGUGCCAGAGAAUGAAGAUCCUUAUGAUUACUAUGAACGAGACUUCACAGCGCCAGCCAUCCAAGUGCCAACAACCAUCGGUCCCUCGUAUGGCUGUGGAAAGGGUGAGACUGGCUACCGCAGCUACUGCUAUACCUUGGUUACUUCAGUGUCAACCUUUGAUGGCAUGCAGAGUAUCUGUGAACUCCGCAGCGCUAACCUGGUCUCCAUCGCUGACGCUAGCGAAAUGAACUUUGUCAUCAGCUUGAUGCAGACUGGCAAUACCGCGACCACUACGAUAGGCUCAGCUUGGUUAGGUCUGUCUGACAAGGCAAAUGAGGCGACGUACGCUUGGAAUGAUGGUAGUGAGGUCACCUAUACAAGCUGGGCAGCAGGACAGCCUCAGAAUAGUGGCAGCGACGAAGACUGUGUCACCCAUAAUAUCAACUUGGAUGGCUGGCUUGAUGAGUCUUGCACUGGAACCCAACAUUACGGCGUCUGUAAAACACCUAAAAAAAACACUAAUGUUGUAGCACCAGUAACUGACGGUUGCCCAACAGGGUGGUUGAAGUACAUGUCGUCGUGUUACCAGCUGGUAACUACCCAGAAAACUUGGACUGAUGCAAAUACAGACUGUGUGAAUAAGAAUGGUAGACUUGCCAUCAUCAAUAACAAAUACGAGCAGGCAUAUUUGGCUUCGGUAAUGGGCGCCAUUUAUACUUACUCUUUCGACUACUGGAUCGGAUUGAGUGAUACAGAUAUUCCGGGUACUUACCUGUGGGUGGAUGGCUCGUAUCCGAUACUAUCCGCUUGGGCACCAAGUCAACCGGACAACUAUUUGGGUGACUGCGUGGCUUUGAUAAGUGCUGCGGAUGGGAUUGGUAGCAACGUAGCCGGUCUAUGGUUUGAUGAGAGAUGUUAUAAAGAACAUAACUACAUCUGUGAGAGGCCAGUAGAGGGUACUACCGACACCCCUUACACCCAAGCUCCAGUCACCGUCCCAUCUAAUGCUGGGUGCACCGAUGAGAACGCCAUAGGUUACGGUUCAAAUUGUUUUAUCCCAUUUGAAAGGAAUGCCGUGGAGCAGAUCACUUGGGACCAGGCUAGAACCUAUUGCCAGGAAAUGGGAGGUGACUUGGCCAGUUUCCAAACCAAAGAAGAGGAAGCCUACAUAGUGAGCAGUUACACGCCGACAGAUCCUGAUACUGCCAGCUAUGGAUUCUGGAUAGGACUCAACGACAAAUCACGAGACGGAGGUUACAUUUGGAGUGAUGGUUUGGCUGUAACAUAUGUUAACUGGGGAAGCGGUGAGCCUAAUGAUUUUGAUGGUACCGAGAACUGUGCCGAGAUGUUUUUCAGUGGACGAGGAUGGAACGAUCACCUAUGCACUGCCACCAGAAGCAUUCUCUGCAAAGUACCGAAACAGAUCAAAGAGCCCACUACAAUUCCACCAAUCGGGACGUGCCCUACCGACUCCGACUGGCAGUAUUUCCCGCCAUAUUGCUAUUACUUCAGUGACGUUGCUGGGUCAAACGAUAGACUAAGCUGGACCAUGGCUGAAGAAUUCUGCCACCAAAAGGGGGGUCACCUGACAUCAAUCACAAGCAGCACUGAGAACAAGGUUCUCAUUGCAAUGGCUCCAAUAAUUGGUGUGAACUACUGGAUUGGUCUUCGUCAAGAAACUGCUACAGGAAGUUUCAUAUGGUCAGACGACUCUUCAUAUACUUACGAAAACUGGGACAGAGGAGAGCCUAAUAAUCACAACGGGGAAGAAUUGUGCGGAGAAAUAUAUCGCUAUAAUGGUCUCCAGGAAAGUGGCGUAUGGAAUGAUGCAGCAUGUGGGGUCAAUACCCCGUUCAUAUGCAAGAGGAUGGAGGAUUCCAUUAACCCAGUUACACAUGCACCGACCGAAACCCCUACCGGAGGAUGUAGUGAUGACUAUUUCAAAUACUUCAAUAGGUGUUACAGGAUGGGAGGAUAUGAAGAGAACGAUCGAUACAGCUGGCAGGAUGCUAGAACCUUGUGCCAGGGCGAAGGAGGCAAUCUAGCCGGUAUCCAUAGCCAACAAGUUCAGUCCCUACUAACAUCUAUGCUCUUGGACAUAACGGGAGAUGUUUGGAUCGGCUUUUCGGAUUCAGGAUCGAAUGGUCAAUAUCACUGGACCGAUGGAAAACCGGCAGUGUACACGAACUGGUUUCCUGGUGAACCGACUGGACAUAUUUCCCUACCUGGCGCUCCUGUUCGCGACUGCGUUGAGAUGUUGAACCAACAGUGGUAUGCUGGCAUGUGGAGUGACUCUGAAUGCUCUAAUGAUAUCGGAUACAUGUGCGAGAAAGACUUGGAUCCUAGUGCUCCUGAUAACCCACCAGAGGACAAAUUUUGUGAUGACAUCUCUUACUACAAAUACGGCGACUCCUGCUUCAAACUUGACACGACCAGGCGUACUUACACGGGUGCACAAACAUUCUGCGAGGAUGAUGGCGGUAACCUGGCUAGCAUCACAGAUGCUCACUAUGAAGCUUUCCUAGAGUAUAUGCUGUACUCAAGAGGAAUAUCUGAUGCUUGGAUCGGCAUGACGAAUGUGGAUGGAAAAUACCAAUGGGCCGACGGCUGGCCAGUACUCGUCUCAUUUUGGGGUGACGGAGAACCAAGUCAGAAUGACGGAGAAGGAUGCGUCAUUCUUACUGAUGCACCCUCUUGGGAUGAUACCAGUUGCGCCGAUCUUCAUCCUACCAUCUGCCGAACCACAAACGCACAACCUCCUGACCCAGUCGAGGAACUUCCCGGAUACUGCCAGAGCGGUCAAACAGCGUUUGGUGGCUAUUGCUACUACGUCCCUGAUGGUCUGGUGUUCACCGAGUGGUAUUCAGCUAGCUACCAAUGUCAGCAGAUGGGUGGUGAGCUGGCCAGUAUCCACAGCAAGGAGGAAAAUGAGUUCAUUCGUGACUUGGUACAGACAGACAUCGGCAAGAGGAAUGUAUGGGUUGGCCUGGAACGAGGACCAUCAGGCGGGUUCACAAACUGGAAUGACGGCACCCCCGUAGAUUAUGUUCAAUGGGAUAAUGGUGAACCUACCGACAAUUGGAGGGGUAACCAGGAGGACUGCGUCGAAAUUUACACCAAUGAAUUCGGCACGUGGAAAGAUGAAGUCUGUAGCACUGGAUCAUCCUACAUUUGCAAAAUACCUAAAUAUGACAAUACCACGCGAACGGAGCCUGUGAGUAAUCAAGGUCUUUCGGGUGGAGCGAUCGCCGGCAUCGUCAUCGCCUGCGUUCUCAUUAUCACCGUGGUCCUCCUCGUCGUCGGCUACAUGAUGGGCAUCCGCAGCGUCCCCAAACUUGGGACCUCAUCGUCGUCAUCCUCGCCGUCUGCGAACAAGGACACAUUCCCGACACCGGCGUCUGGAUUUGACAAUGUUAUGUAUUCACCUGACUCGAACCAGAAGAAAAUCCAGAUGGAGCCAGCCGGUAGUAACGCUUAACUAGUCUCGUACGUGUAGUUAAAUUGUCAUUUAAUCCCUGAUGGUGCGUUCACGUUAUCUUGUAAGUAGUACACUGCAUAACUAAAUCACUAACACUGCUGGUGUGCUUUGAUUGACGAUACUUAAUCAAGGGAGUGUAAAUUAAAAAAGAUGUUGAUUGCAAAUGUCUUAGAGUUUUUGUAUCUCAUAUUUUCAGUGUAUUCACGUAUUCUAGUAUAGACGAGAGUAUUUAAGAGAACAUUUUCUCCUCUCUCAUACUCCCUUCUCAUAAUUUACAAUUUACACAACUAAAAAAAAUCUCUAAUUACAGUUACUUUUAUAUAUGUACAGAACUAGGGUUCGUGAUAUUUCCUCCAAACGUGUGUUGUUUAAAUUUCAUUUAAAUGGUUCAAAAAUCGUGAGCACUUGCAUUUUCAUAUUAUAGCAUUAUCCAUCAUCUAGAAUAAUCUUAGGCAGUUUCUUUUGAAAGAAGGUUGUAUGAUAAUUGCUCAGUAUCGGCUCCAAUGAAAUCGUAAUAAGAGUUCAAAGAGAUUUAGGUAAGGCGUUUCAGUGAUGACAUAACUAUCGUACUGAAAUACCAUGCAUCGUAUCGAAUAAACACAUCGAUAUGGGAAUAAAUAUUGUAUGUGGCUGGUUUUGUAAACAUGAAUGAAUUUUGCCAAUGUUUAAUUCAGCGUACAUUUCUUAUUAAUUUACUAGCUAAUGAACAGAAAUUUAUCUGAAGAUGUGCCUCUAUUUCCUUUCCAUCCAUAUUACUUAAAGAUGGAUAUAUGCGGGGCACUACAGUACAAGUUUUGUUUUAUCUGUACAUAGAGACUUUAAUCUUCGUUUGCUACUUCAUGCAUGUCAAGCUUUAUUUACCUUUAGUUUUACAUUUUGUACAUUGAUCAAGAUGACGUCUACAUUAUUCUCAUUAAUAAUCAAAUUAUUUUUUGUUAAACUCAUUUUGUUAAAAACUCUUGCUUACAUUGCAAUAUUUUCCUCGCAAACACAAGUCAGUGAAACUACCUAUUUUGAUUUCGUCAAUCAGUUAUUGUAACAAGCAAAUUCAAUUUUAAAUGUGAUAUGUGAACGAAUUAAACUAUCUACACGGUUGUUAUAUUAAACACAAGA